GGCGUGUGUGCCCAGGAGGGGGUGUGCUGGGGUCAGUGCAGCUAGCAAGGCCUCUGUGGGCAGAGGGGAAUUUUCAUUGUGGAUGCUGGGCUUUGUAUUGUGACUUGUAAUCAUACCUAGCAGUGUGAGAACUGUGUAUUAAUGUUAUUAGCUGGUAGACGCUGACAGCAUGCUGCACCAGUGUUUGUGGAGAGCCCUUGUGUGCAGACACAGGCUCUUAGGAUCCAAGUUACCAUUAAUUGAGCAGGCCCAUCACAAGGCUACCAUAGGCAGCCUGGCAGGGCUGGGGUCACAACAUGGAAGAUCCCUGGCUAUUCCUAAGGCCUAUGUCCUAGUCUCUGCAAAGCAAAAUCUGUGCACAAGCAGGUGCUGGCUGCAGGUAAGGGAACAGAAGAGCCACAACAAACCAGUGUCUUUACAAACCAGGAGUGAGGGGGUAUCACCACAAACAACUACUCAAAAAGGUAUAUAUAUAUGCCACAAAAUGAAAAAAAAAAAAAAUAUAUAUAUAUAUACUGCAUGAUGUGUUGUAUGGAUAGUGCCUUAUGUAUUUUAGAGUUAUUUCACUUUUAAAAAGUUGCUUAGUGAUGCUUAAUACAGCUAUGGUAGUCAUUUAAAUUGAUUUUGUCAUCAGCUGUUAUUUUUUUUUAGGUCCCCUCACUAAGUUAUCCCCCUAAAGUAUUUUUUCACCUUUUUCUUUUAAAUCCUUGAUUGCGGCACUGGAUCUUUUUUCUUAUGCGCCACCAUUUUAUGAAUCCCAUCAGUGAUUGAUUCUGUCUGCCCUCAAUUGCCCAUACUUUGCAUGUGCUGAAAUUCUCUUGUUGAGGAUUAUGCGGCAAAAAGGGAGCAUUGCGAGAACAAAGGCGAGUGACAAGAUAGAGGUGAGUAUUGUGGGACAAUUUAGUUGUCAAAGGAAGUUGAGCUUACCUUAUGUUCCAUCCUUUGUCAAGGAUAGAAAAAAUAUUUUAUGAGAAGAUAAGAAAGGAACAAAAGAACAUUUAAAUAGAAGAAGAGAAGAGGAAUCCGUUUAAACAAGGUAAGUUUGUCAUAACACAGGUGCUUUACGUAGCCAUGCAAAAUAACCCCCCACCCCAAAUUAAAAUCCUUAAAGCAGCACUGCUCCCAUGAAAAAUUGUUAUAAAAAUAGAAUCUUUAUGAAACACUAAUUUCCACUGUUAGAAUUUAACUGAAAAUCCAACCCAGUCAUGAGACAUACAGAGACAAAGUGGACUUUUUAUGUCUCCUCCACCUUACUUUAGUAGACUCAAGGUGGAAUUUAAGAGUCAAUACCAAAGAGCAGCAUGAGAAAGAUGGCGGUGCCCACAAUAGAUAGGUUCAGGUAAGUAAUCUCACCCUUACCACCAGCGACAAAGUCCCUAGACGGUGACAGUGCCGUUUUAAUUCUAAUUUUUAAGAUAGAUCAUGACUCUCUUGAUUUAUUCACUAAACUGUAAAUUGUCAGGAAUUGACAAGACCAUUUUAGUUCAAAAAGUAGCGGAGUUGGAGAAUUUCAAAUUUCUGCUUGUUUUGACCUAAAUGUCAAAUUAUCUGACUACUCACAAUUUAAUUAAUAAACCUGCUUGUGUUUAAAAUGGGAAUACUUUUGGAUGGAUUUUCAAAAACCAUUACUUUUGUUUGACAGCCUUAGCAAAAUAAAACAUUUUCCCUUCUUUAGAAUAAUGUUCUUUUAUACUGAAUGGACUGAAGACUGUUUUCGUUGUUCGAAUUAAAUUGAGGAUGUUAAAUAAUAUCUUAACACCGUUAAAGGGUUUUAUGCUGUCCUACAGAAAGUGGGCUUUAAAGCAUGUAGGGCGGCAUAGAACAUAUAUGCAUAUUUGCAGUAAGCAAUGUUACAAGGCAUAGAACGUAUACUGCAUAUUUGGUGUGAGCAACAUUAAAUCCCUGCUCACACCAGAAAGUUCGGCUCCCCUCUGUCAGCUGGGGCAAUUUUAGUGGCCCCAGACUUUUUGAUGAGCUGCUUGCAGUAAUUUAAAUACCUUUAACUAGAUCACUGUGUUAAGAGGGUUAAAUCCCUGCUCACACCAGGAUACCUCUGUCAGAUAAGGCUAUUUUUAGUGACCCCGGACUGACAGGUGAGCUACAUGCUGAACUCUGAGUGAGAUUGGCAUGCGGUUCUUUCAAUGGGGAUUUAAGGGUGCAGUGUACUGUGAGUAGGGUUAAAUCCAUGUUUACAGCAGGAAACCCACCAAUAGAUACUUGGGGCUCCCCUCUCCUAGCUGGGGCCACUUUUUUAGUGUCUUCAGACUUUUUGAUGAGCUAAAUGCUGCAUUGGAAGUCAGCACAGAGUGUGGCUUCUGUAAGGCACUUGCCCACCUGCGUACUUCCCUUUGUCAGGCUGCACAAGCUGAAUGCUUCUCAUGAGCAUGCAGCUCCUCUUCUCAGGUUGCGCAGUCCAAAAGCUCUAUGUGGACGCACAGCCUGAACAGGAAAUCCUUCAUACUUACCAUUCAGGCUGGGGGACACCUCCCUCUGCUGGUUCUCGCGGGCUGAAAUUCUCCUAGCCGUUUUCUUCCCUGUAACAUCUUAGACGCUGCCCGCUUGAAUAGCGCGUCUUUUGUCUGUUCAAAAAACGGCCACACUUAAAGUGACCACGUCAUCUAGGCAAUCCCAUAUCCAAUCAAUAUGGAGUUGCGGAGAUGACAUGAACCAAUCAGAAAGUAUGUUACCUUUAUAUAAAGUUAAUUUUGGUCUUUGUAUAUUGCCCUAUCGUUGUUUCUGCCUGAGACACGUUAGUGCUCAUAGUAAGUGUCUCUUGAUAUAGUUUGAUAUUGACCUUUGCUUGUAUUUGACUUUGUGAGUUCUGGUUUCCUGACCCAGCUUCUUAUUCUGUUUAUCCAUAUUUCUAUGUCCCUGACCUAUUGUCCGGUAAUGCUUGUAUCUAGAACCUUCGUUUGUGGGAUUCACCAGUCCUGUACAUUGGCGUACAACCCUGCGACCACUUGUUCUGUAGUCUUUUAAAAAUGCCUUAGUGUUAGUAGGGUUAAAUCCCUGCUCCCCAUUUUCAGCUGGGGCUUUAUUUAGUGGCUCAGUACUGAUAUUAGCAGAGGGACACUUUUGGGAAUAGGAUUAAAUUAGGAAUUACAAUGAUGUUUUAAGAUUACGUUUAGAAUAAAUAUUAGGUUUAUAUUUAAGAUGGGUUUAGGAUUGGAAUUAGGUUUCAUAUUGGGGUUUGGAUUAGGAGAAUUGAGGCAGGCUGAUGAUCAGCUGGGCUCAUAGAGAGCAGGGCAGUUGCAAGGAUUUUUCAUGCAGACUCGCACACACAGAGACCCAUACACACAAACAGACCCACAUGUGCUGACCCAUACACAGACCGAUACAUACACCCACACACACACUGUCCCAUGCAGACACACAGAGACCCACACAGACCCCAGCAGACUGACAUACACAAACAUACUGACACACAUUCUAUGAAAGAUACUGUGCAUCCUCUCUUACUUUCAUUGCACUUUGCUCUUCAUUUCUGUCUUUACUGCGCCCAGCAGCCAACACUUUUGUCCCAGCCCUACUUCCUGUUAUUCUCCUGCCCCCUUGUCCCUACAUACAGGGCAAGGGGCAGGAGCGAGUAAAUGACGAGCCCUUGUGCUGCUGCCGUGCUUGACUGGAAGAAGGGUUCCGACUUAGCAGGCUGUGGUGAAUGCCGGACCGACAUUCUACCGGGUGCUAGUCUACAAGUAAGUGCUCCCUAGUGCCCAGUAACGCGUCCGGCGGCUGCCGCCCACUAUAUAUAAUCAAUCCCAUUUGAUAAGGGGGUGACCAGACAAGCAGUAAAGCCACUGCUGGUGCCCCCCUAAGUAGGUGCCCUAGGCGGCCGCCUACUCAUCCUAUAGGACGCGCCAGCUCUGAUAGAGAGCUUAGGCGGGCUGGCUCAUGAAUACUUGAAGGAAGCAUGCUGGCUGUCGGUGGAGAGCUGAGGGAAGCAGGUGGUGGGCGGAUAACUGAGCCUGGAGGCGGCGAGGAGCUGUAAUCUCCCUGCUCUGCUCCCUGCAGUGAUGCAGAGAGCCGGAGUAUGACGUCAUUCCAGCCUGCAUCUCUAAACCGUGCAGGAGGAAGUAGAGGAGAGAGAUGACAGCAGCCUCCUGGUCCCCAGGGAAACAGAUCCACUUCAGUUCUCCCAAAGGUAGGGAGACUGGGUGGAUAGAUUAAAACAAAACAAAUAAUUUGUGAGAGUGAGUGUUGCAAUAUCAGUGUGUGUGUGUCUGUCAGGGAGUGUGUAUGUUUAGUGACCUGCUCUGCUCCAAUCACAUGGGAAAGGUGUUUUUACUCACCUUUAUUCCCAUGCCAUGCUGGUGACGCUGCAACUGGCCCAACCUCCAUGGCUUAGAUCAUCAAUCUUGAUGAUCUCAGCCAAACCAAUGCUUUCCUUUGGGAAAGCUUUGAUGGACUAUUGCGCAUGAACGGAAAAACGCCACGCUGCGCCAAUCAACUUCUCCUCAUGAAUGCAUUGAAUCAAAAAUCCCUUUAGGGAACAUUAACGUAGGUGCUGAACACUGUACAGGAAGCACCUCUAGCAUGACUGUCACUAGAGGUGUUACUAGGCAGCAAUGUAAUCACUGCCUUUUGUCUGAAAAGGCAAUGUUUACAUUGAAACCCAUGCAGGGUCAGGAUAUAGAUAUCAACAGCUAGCUGUUUCUGGUGACACCUGUUUCUGGUGACUUUAGUGUCCAUUUAAGAAUUCUAAGCUAUUCAUUUUCACAAAACAUCUUGAAAUGGGUAUACAAAGCGGGUUAUUCUGUAAUCAGGAGAUAGUUAAAGGACCACUAUAGGCACCCAGACCACUUCAGCUCAAUGUAGUGGUCUGGGUGCCAGGUCCUUCUAGGGUUAACCCUUCCUGCUGUAAACAUACUGCUAUGCUUACAUUAGGGUUAAUCCAGCCACUGUGAUUUUCACAGUGAGAAGACGCCAGCGUCCAUAGGAAAGCAUUGAGAAUGUUUGAGUGAGCCCGGCGCUGGAGAAAGGUAAGCCUUUAACCUCUUCCUCCCCCAAGAGCCCGGCAGGAGGGGGGCCAUGAGGGUGGGGGUGACCUAUUAAUACUAUAGUGCCAGAAAAACGAGUUUUUUUUCCUGGCACAAUAGUGGUCCUUUAAGCACAUUUUAGGUGUUUGUUUUUUGUUUUGUUUUUUAUUACAGUAGCAAAUAUCAAGUUUAAAAAAAAUAUAUAUAUAUAUAUAUAUAUAUAUAUAUAUAUAUAUAUAUAUAUACACCUCUAAAUUGCAAUGUAUAUGUAAGAAAAUGUGAAAAUAAAAUACCAUAAACUUUGAAAGAAAUUGGUGCUUUAAUUGCUGUAAUAAAGCUCAAAAUAUACCAUAAGACAUCCUGUGAUGUCUAAUUUUAUAAAUGGUAUGUAUUUAUGAGGUGAUUUUAACUGUCAAACUGAUACAAAGCCCGAAAAAUGCAGAAAAGGCAAACUCCUCUUUCAAAAUUCUAACUGUAAACAGUCAGGUCUGUUAUAUGGCACUGUAACUGAGCAAGAUCGUGCCAAAGGUAUUCAUUAAGGGUAUUGUUUUAUUCAGAAGACUUUGCUCAACAUAAUUUGAGGAGGGGGCUUGAUCACAGUGGCACAUAUCAGAUUUGAAAAAUGACCGGUUAAAAUGUUUUGUGUAUGCAAAAAAUACAAAAUAAAUAUUUUACCACAUAUUUCGACCUAAACGGGUGAAAAAAUGGCAACAUAUUAAGGCACAAUCUACACCAAAUGAGAGAAACUGGAGUGUAUCCUUUUACAACUGGUAGACUUUGUAAAGUACUUUAAACAAUCAAACUGCUAUAACACCCCAAAAUGAGCCUUAUGCCUAUCAAAUCCAUAUCUCAAAUUCUAACAGGAAAAACUGAAAUGGUCAGGUCUCUUUUAUGAUGCUGUACCUUCACAGGAUAGUGAUAAAGGCAUAGAUUGGGGGUAUUGCUGUAUUUAGAAAAUGUAGCUGAACUCUUAAUGGGUUUUUUCAAAGUGGAAGCACACAUCAAUUUUUCUAAAUGAAUGUUAAAAAUCAGACAAAAAUAAAUUUUGCUCCAAUAUUUAGCAGAGAUUGGCAGUUAAAUGGCUACAUAAUAAAUGUCGAGAUACCUUUAGGUAAAUAGCAUGUGGCUAUACUUUUGUGUGGCAAUUGUUUUUUUUUUGUGACAGCUAAUGAGCUUAUUAGGCAAACAUACCAACUUCUAACAUUACUCCACAUUGAAGUUUUAUUUUAUCCCUUGUAUUUUCUGACCUGUAAUUACCAAAAAAUAAACUGAAAUCCUACACUUAUUUUGUGCCCUGUAAAUCAGGACAAAUAAAUGAAUUUGUUUGGAACUACUUUUCAUAAGGUGCACUAAUUAUACACACAUUAUUAUUGCAGCCUUUACAAGCUCUUUUAAGCUAUACCCCUAAUCAAUACAUACCUGACAAAUUCAUGAAUGUGUUUAUUGGGCGUAUAUCUACUAAACAGUGAAUAUUUUUCUUUUCCUGUUGGCAGUGGAUAGCUCCUUUAAGGCACCACUGCUGCUAUGAUGCCAGGGGUAUGAAUAGUUCACCAAUGUAGCCUAUCCCCCACCUAUGCAACUUGCCCUUCUUGGACUUGCAUUUCCCCCAAGCAUAAUGCUUUUAUCUCAUGACGUUGUCACGCUAGCUUUAUUGCCAGACCUCCAUCAGAAUGAAUUUAGAUCUGUACUUUUUCUGCAAAAUCCUGUAACACAUUCACAUAGGACAGAAAGAUCAUAUCUUGCUCCCCUCUAUUGUCAGUCAAUUGACCGGUGAUGGGAGUAACCAUAUAUGUAUAUAGAUUUAUUUUAUAAUUCUGCUAGCAAUGUUUAGAUACCCCCUCCCUUAUUUAUUAUAACUAUUAAGUGCACAUGCCUAUUUUAACUUUCAUGCCUAUGGGAAGGACUACAAUUGAGAAAAUGCUGUUAAGAAUUGUAUAAACCAAAAUAAACUGCUCUGCUUGAUAUAAAAGCUUCAUUUUGAUUCCUGUUUUUCAGUAUAGAGGCAGAAUUGUCCAGAAAAUAAAAAUACAGAUUUUAGAGAAUAAGAAAUAGCUGACCAGAUUUUGAGAAAACAUGUUGUUACUUUUCUAAACCACAUGGUCACAACAGCUGUUUAUAUAAAGCUUUUGAGUGGUUUGAAAAAAAUCCUAUAUUCUCCCAGCAUCUAAAGGCUAGUUGCUUAUAUAAUGGGGAAAUCUUAGACAGCAGUAAUACGUGCAAGCAACCUGCCCCAGCACUCUCAACCUAUUGUCCUUGUUAAACAGAUAUGUGGAUGCAGUUUCUUAAUAACAGACUAGAUGCUUCUGUUUAGGCACCAGGAUAGUCUAGGAAAUGGCAAAAAAAAAAAAGGUGGUGGAAGGGUAUCCAAAGACGGUUAGCACCAUAACCACUACAAGCAGCUUGUAGUGGUUAUGGGGCCAAAGUGCAAGACCUUAAACUAAACUAUUGUGGUUUUAGUGCUUCAGGAGUUGUUCAUGUCUCUUGGGAGCUUCUUUCUUUAGAGGUAGGCAAGUCUCAUCUUGGCAAGGCAUGGUUUGAGCUUGGUUGUGUGAGGCAGAUGGCAACGGCAGUAUAUAUUUUGUGUGAUCUUGGCUCGACAUCUUGCAUUAAACGCAGAGCCAAACUAUUGGCUCAAAUCUGGCUCCCCCAGCUCGUUUGUUUAUGGAAUCUGUAACAGCAGUGUUUUCCCUAAUAACCUACCAUAUAAAUAAAAUCUGCCAAAUUUGUCAGAUUUCAUUAAUGUAUGAAGAGUUCAAUUACACACAAGGCUGACUUCAUAGAAAACUACAGAUUUUAUAAUUAUUUGGGGAUACUGUUACUUGCAUACAUAAGCUAUUUGUUUUAUGUUCUGAUAUUUUUGUCUACAGUUGCAAUUACAAAAUGUGCUACUAUGCAAUAUGUUAUGUUUUUAUUAUCCAAGUGCCCAGUCUCUUUCAUAAGCAUACAAUGUUCUUGCUUGUUUUAUAAAAGGCAUUCUAAUGCAAUUUUAGAGAAAUUGUAAUUUCAGAAGUUAUUAUUUCUCAAACCAGUAGCUUAUUCCUAAACUGUAUGCUCUUCAUCUCUUGUUACUGUCAACACACAUUUUUCUCAAUCACGUUCUUUUGCAGUAGACCAUUAUAAGUGCUGCAGAUAUGCUGGUGCUGUAAAGUAUGACUAGAACUAAAUGUAAGCUGUGGUUUGUUCAUUUAUAUCCUGUGAAAGGCUGUCAAGGCACAGUUUGGCAUACAAUAUAAUUCACAUUUUCCCCAGUUUGUGCUCAGGCUUGUGUGUGGAGGGCAUUGUGGGAGAAAUAUGGUUGCUUGUACAUGCACUUGUAGAGAAUUAUGUAAUAAAAUGGUGUCACUAUCUUAACCCCUUAAGGACUGAGCCAAAUGUACACGUUGUGAACAAAACAAAACGUAAACAAAACCUGGCAUUUGCGCUACAUGUCUGUCCAACCGUAAUUCACCUCUUUCAUAUUAAAUGCACCCACUCUUAUUAUAUAUAAUUUUAUUCAGGGGAAACAGGGCUUUCAUUUAAUAUCAAAUAUUUAGCUAUGAAACAUAAUUUAAUAUGAAAAAAAUGGGAGAAAAUAAGAAAUGUUAUUUUUUUUAGUCCUACAUGACAUUUUAACUGUUAAAGGACCACUCUAGGCAGCCAGACCACUUCAGUUUAAUGAAGUGGUCUGGGUGCCAGGUCCAGCUAGGGUUAACCCAUUUUUUAAUAAACAUAGCAGUUUCAGAGAAACUGCUAUGUUUAUGAAUGGGUUAAGCCUUCCCCCAAAGCCUCUAGUGGCUGUCUCAUUGACAGCCACUAGAGGCGCUUGCGUGCUUCUCACUGUGAUUUUCACAGUGAGAGCACGCAAGCGUCCAUAGGAAAGCAUUAUGAAUGCUUUCCUAUGCGACCGGCUGAAUGCGCGCGCAGCUCUUUCCGCGCGUGCGCAUUCAGCCGACGGGGCGGAGAGAAGGAGGAGAGCUCUCCGCCCAGCGCUGGAAAAAGGUAAGUUUUACCCCUUUUCCCCCUUCCAGAGCCGGGGCACCCUCAGGGCACUAUAGUGCCAGGAAAACGAGUAUGUUUUCCUGGCACUAUAGUGGUCCUUUAAUGUCAUAAUACUGUUUGCUUUUACUGCACAUUUGUAUUCAGCAAAGUCUCACGUGUAAAACAGUACCCCCUAUCUACAGGUUUUAUGGUGUUUUGGGAAGUAACAGGGUCAAAUAUAGCACGUUACAUUUGAAAUUGAAAUUCGCCAGAUUGGUUACGUUGCCUUUGAGACUGUAUAGUAGCCCGGGAAUGAAAUUUACACCCAUAAUGGCAUACCAUUUGCAAUAGUAGACAACCAAAGGUAUUGCAAAUGGGGUAUGUCCAGUCUUUUUUAGUAGCCAUUUUGUCACAAACACUGGCCAAAGUUAGCGUUAGUAUCUGUUUGUGUGAAAAAUGCAAAAAAACGCCAAUUUUGGCCAGUGUUUGUGACUAAGUGGCUACUAAAAAAGACUGGACAUACCCUGUUUGCAAUACCUUGGGUUGUCUUCUUUUGCAAAUGUUAUGCCAUCAUAAGGGUAAUUUUCAUUCUUGGGCUACCAUAGGGUCUCAAAGGCAUCAUAACCAUUCUGAUGAAUUUUAAUGGGAAAAAAAAAUUAAACAAAAGCCUUAUAUUUGAUGCUGUAACUUUUGAAAACACCAUAAAACCUGUACAUGAGGGGUACUGUUGUACUUGGGAGACUUGAAAUAUUUGUGUUUCAAAACAGUAAAAAGUAUCACAGCAAUAAUAUCGUCCGUGUAAGUGUUGUUUGUGUGUGAAAAAUGCAAAAAAAUUCACUUUUACUGGUGAUAUCGUUGUAAUACAUUUUACUGUUUUGAAACACUAAUAUUUGUGUUCAGCGAAGUCUCCCGAGUAAAACAGUACCCCCCAUGUACAGGUUUUAUGGUGUCUUGGAAAGUUAUAGGGUUAAAUAUAGUGCUAGCAAAUUAAAUUCCCUAUACUUUCGGCAUGGGUUGUCAGGCAGGUCCCACUAAUUGUAAUUUAAUUAAAAUACCUAAUUAUGUAAAAAUAUUACAUAAAUAUAUGUAGAAUCCAGUACUGUGUACAAUACUCCAAGUGAGGUCUCACCAGUGUUCUGUACAAUGGCAUGAGCACUUCCCUCUUUCUACUGCUAAUACCUCUCCCUAUACAACCAAGCAUUCUGCUAGCAUUUCCUGCUGCUCUAUUACAUUGUCUGCCUACCUUUAAGUCAUCAGAAAUAAUCACCCCUAAAUCCCUUUCCUCAUAUGUUGAGGUGAGGACUCUAUCAAAUAUUCUCUACUCUGCCCUUGGGUUUUUACGUCCAAGAUGCAUUAUCUUGCACUUAUCCACAUUAAAUGUCAGUUGCCACAAUUCUGAUCGUUUUUCUAGUUUACCUAAAUCAUUUACCAUUUGGCUUAUCCCUCCUGGAACAUCAACCCUGUUACAUACAUACAUACAUACAUACAUACAUAUAUAUACAUAUAUAUAUAUUUCAUUUUUUUUUUUUUUAAAUAUAUAUUUUUAUUUAUGUGUGUGUGUGUGUGUGUAUAUAUAUAUAUAUAUAUAUAUAUAUAUAUAUAUAUAUAUAUAUAUAUAUAUAUAUAUAUAUAUAUAUAUAUAUAGUGAUAUAUACUUAUAUAUUUAUGUAUAUAGAUAUAUAUUAUUUCGUUCUACAUGUAUUUUGACAUAAAUAUAUAUAUAUUAAUAUCACAAUAGUUAGAACAAAAUAACACACAUCUAUAUAUAUAUUUUUUUUAUAUUAUAUAUAAAUAAUAUUAUAUAAUAUUUAAGUAUAUAAUUUUUUUUUUUUUUACACUGAUUAACAUUAUUUUAUUUGAUUUCCAGCCAGCAGGGGGACUAACUGUGAUUACAGGCAUUCCCCCUGCUGGCAAUGCAGCAGCCAGCUAACCCGGCCAUGUGAUUGUGAGGUCCUCGCAAGGAGACAGGAUCCGUUGCGGGGGACUCCCUGGAAUCCCAGGUGAGUCUCCCCAACCACGAUCGCCGGCGACCGGGUAAGUAAGAAAAAACCGGAGGGCGUACUAUUACGCCCUAUGGCGUUUAGAGACGCUUAGAAUAGGGCAUAAUAGUACGCUCCCAGGUUUUAAGGGGUUAAAUUCCAUAUUAACUCCUCUGUACGGUAAACAUUUAAAAAGAGUUGAAGAAAAACUAAACUGCAAAAACUCAAAGGUGACAGUUAUUCUUUAAAGGAACACUGUACACCCAAAUGUGUAUUCCAAAUGCUAUUGUGUCUUAGUAACCGUUUAAGUGACCGUCCCCUCCCCUCAAGGGUUAGAAAUGUAUUUUGCUUACCUGUAUUCCGAUACUGCGCUCUCCGCAACUGGCUUUGCCUCCUUGGCUGAGAUCAAUCUGGUGUAGCAGUUUAGGUCCACGGUCUCCUUCAAAAUGGAGUAAAAUGCUUUUACACUUACCUUUUCUCCAUCGCCAUGCUGGUGCCGUGGCUGGCCCUGUCUCCAUGGCUGAGAUUAUCAAUCUUGACAAUCUCAGACAAUCCAAUGCUUUCCCAGUGGGAAGCUAUUGCGCAUGCACGGCAAAACUCCACACUGUGCCAUUCAGGAGUUAUUUUCUAUGUGGAGUGUUCAGCGUCUCCUUGCAGAGCAUGGAGAUGCUGAAUGUAGGCCCUGCUCAAAGUGCAUUACUGAAGAAGGUAAUCUAAAAAAGUAGACAUUUUUUUUUUUUUUUUUUUAAAGCCAUGACAGCUAGGACUACAUUUAACUCCUAAAUGACAGAGAACUGAGCAGUGAUUUAAGCAGGACUUCAUCUGAACACCAACACCACUUUCACUAAGCCCUUAUUAUUAGUAUUAUUUUCUUUAGAGUGUAUGAUUGGUAAAGGCUGAUUAAUUUGGCUAUCAAAUCUACCUGAUCCGAUAUAUUAAUAUAUUAUUGCACAAUUGGGAGAAAGAAAAACUAUAGACCAUUAACUGUUUUUUCCUCUUCUUCUAGUAAAAGAAGCUGGCAGAGACUUCACCUAUUUUAUUGUGGUAUUGAUUGGGAUCGGAGUUACUGGUAACCAUUACUUUAUUAUUUCUUUAUAACUAUGUCAUUUUACCUUUUCACUAGAGAGUGUGGAAAAGUGUCUUCCCAAAAUAUGAGGAACCCUAAACAUUUAGAGGUGGGAAUACUGCAGUGCAGUACAGUACACAAUAGGCUAAUAUUGGUUUAUUAGUAUCACAUUUAUGGUAAAAAAAAAAAAAAAGUAGCCCACCCAAUUACUAAAGAAAAUGAUUUACUAUAUUUGUGUUCUGGCUCAUAUUUUCUGCCCCCUUUCUUCAUGUGUACACUUCAGAGGUGGAAUCUCCUCUCUUGUCCUUUUUAUCUUUCUUUCCCAUUGGGGGAGAGUUCCUAGUAAUGGAUUUUAAAAGGGUCCGAUUUAUGCUACAGGGCUAGGUGCAUCUAGCUUGUUUUAAUUCUAUUUGUAAGCCCAUUAAAACUUACUGACUCAGAUAAGGAACACUGUAAAAUGGUUUAUUUGUAUUGUUUUCAUAUUUGUUUAUUCUUGCAGGAGGUUUGUUCUAUGUUGUAUUUAAAGAACUGUUCUCCUCUUCAAGUCCCAGUAAGAUUUAUGGAGAUGCUUUGGAAAGGUGCCGAUCUCAUCCUGAGGUGCAUUUAUUAGCUUUCUUUUUUAAGUAAACAAACAAUUGUAAUCCCAUCAGCAUGUUUCAUCAACCCUUAAGGACCAAGGCUCAACACGUUUGUAAACCGGUGUAUGGGUGAAGCGCUAUAUGCAAAUAGAUGGCCAAAGUGGAGAGGUAAUACCAAGUGAUAAACACCAAAAUACUAAAAGUAUACCUUCUUUUUUAUAUAUAAUUCACAAUAAUCCUUUAUAGGAAUUUCCUAAAACAUAAACAGAAAGAUCCAAACAUAGUGCAAAUCUGUAAUGUUUAAAGGUGUGGUAGAAAUGUACAAAGGUCCCACUCACACUUUUAGGAGCUAAAGGGGUAUAGCUCAAUUGAAGCACUUUCAGAGUCCGUAAAGGCGACCCUUAUCCCUUCUUUUAACUCUUCCUUUCUUGUAUUCUGAAAUGUAUAAAGGAAAAUACCUCUGGUGCAAUAACGUAGGCUAGGUAUAUAUUAAAUAGUAAGGGAAAUAGGGUACUUACAAACCCAGAGCCAUCCACAUCGGCUCUGAUCCAAUAGCUUGUGUGGAUUAAGGACCACACUCCUUCUUUUAGAAUAGCAGGAAAAUGCCAAUAGUGUCUCUCAAAAAUAUAAACUUUAUUAACUAUAUAUACAGUAUAAUAAAAAUAUAGGAAAUAUAUUUGUAUACAAAAAACACUAUAAUGGCAUAAAAUGUCCAGUAAUUAUAAAGUCUUUAGGCUCACAAUGUUCCCAGGACGCGUUUCGCCGUGAAGGCUUCCUCAGCUGGAUGUGAAAAAAAGUCUGUUACCUUCUUGCACUGGCUCCUGCUAUAUGUACCCCUCCUGGGGUGAAGAUGCUUGUUUUUCGGCUUGAAUUUUCGCGGGCUGUCAUCAUGGGAAUGGUGACGCCCAGCGUAUCAAGCCUCUUUCUCUCUUCAUUUCCGGGUAGCACUAUCGAUACGUCACUUCCGGUUUUUUCGAUCGCAAGCCGUCGCGUCAUAUCCGUGCGUUCCAGCUUGCGUUCCAAAUGUGUUCCGGCUUGCGGUUCAGCUUUUCUAUAUCAUAUUGUGCCGGCAUCAUCACAGGCAGAGGGAAGAGGGAGAACAAAAUAUUUUGUGUAUAUUUAUUAAAUAUUAUAAAUCUUUACCAAAGCUCUUUUGGUUCUUUCUUUUCAUCUGUGUAUAGUUUCAAUAAAAAGAACGUGUAUACAGGGAGUGCAGAAUUAUUAGGCAAGUUGUAUUUUUGAGGAUUAAUUUUAUUAUUGAACAACAACCAUGUUCUCAAUGAACCCAAAAAACUAAUUAAUAUCAAAGCUGAAUAUUUCUGGAAGUUGUUUUUAGUUUGUUUUUAGUUAUUGCUAUGUUAGGGGGAUAUCUGUGUGUGCAGGUGACUAUUACUGUGCAUAAUUAUUAGGCAACUUAACAAAAAACAAAUAUAUACCCAUUUCAAUUAUUUAUUAUUACCAGUGAAACCAUUAUAACAUCUCAACAUUCACAAAUAUACAUUUCUGACAUUCAAAAACAAAACAAAAACAAAUCAGUGACCAAUAUAGCCACCUUUCUUUGCAAGAACACUCAAAAGCCUGCCAUCCAUGGAUUCUGUCAGUGUUUUGAUCUGUUCACCAUCAACAUUGCGUGCAGCAGCAACCACAGCCUCCCAGACACUGUUCAGAGAGGUGUACUGUUUUCCCUCCUUGUAAAUCUCACAUUUGAUGAUGGACCACAGGUUCUCAAUGGGGUUCAGAUCAGGUGAACAAGGAGGCCAUGUCAUUAGAUUUUCUUCUUUUAUACCCUUUCUUGCCAGCCACGCUGUGGAGUACUUGGACGCGUGUGAUGGAGCAUUGUCCUGCAUGAAAAUCAUGUUUUUCUUGAAGGAUGCAGACUUCUUCCUGUACCACUGCUUGAAGAAGGUGUCUUCCAGGAACUGGCAGUAGGACUGGGAGUUGAGCUUGACUCCAUCCUCAACCCGAAAAGGCCCCACAAGCUCAUCUUUGAUGAUACCAGCCCAAACCAGUACUCCACCUCCACCUUGCUGGCGUCUGAGUCGGACUGGAGCUCUCUGCCCUUUACCAAUCCAGCCACGGGCCCAUCCAUCUGGCCCAUCAAGACUCACUCUCAUUUCAUCAGUCCAUAAAACCUUAGAAAAAUCAGUCUUGAGAUAUUUCUUGGCCCAGUCUUGGCGUUUCAGCUUGUGUGUCUUGUUCAGUGGUGGUCGUCUUUCAGCCUUUCUUACCUUGGCCAUGUCUCUGAGUAUUGCACACCUUGUGCUUUUGGGCACUCAGUGAUGUUGCAGCUCUGAAAUAUGGCCAAACUGGUGGCAAGUGGCAUCGUGGCAGCUGCACGCUUGACUUUUCUCAGUUCAUGGGCAGUUAUUUUGCGCCUUGGUUUUUCCACACGCUUCUUGCGACCCUGUUGACUAUUUUGAAUGAAACGCUUGAUUGUUCGAUGAUCACGCUUCAGAAGCUUUGCAAUUUUAAGAGUGCUGCAUCCCUCUGCAAGAUAUCUCACUAUUUUUGACUUUUCUGAGCCUGUCAAGUCCUUCUUUUGACCCAUUUUGCCAAAGGAAAGGAAGUUGCCUAAUAAUUAUGCACACCUGAUAUAGGGUGUUGAUGUCAUUAGACCACACCCCUUCUCAUUACAGAGAUGCACAUCACCUAAUAUGCUUAAUUGGUAGUAGGCUUUCGAGCCUAUACAGCUUGGAGUAAGACAACAUGCAUAAAGAGGAUGAUGUGGUCAAAAUACUCAUUUGCCUAAUAAUUCUGCACUCCCUGUAUAUACAUAUCGUUCUUUUAACUCACAUGUAUAACCUAAUAAGCUCUUUUCUAUAAAGACAAUAUUACAUUAGUGACCCUAUAUAGGUAAAAAGUAAAACCAGAAUACUAUAAAAUACAUAUAAAACUAUAAAAAUAUACAAAUAUAAUAAAAAUACAAUAUAUAGUGUUUCCUUUCAAUAUAAACACUAAAUGGAACAAAACACUCCUAAAAAUAGAUCAAACCAUACCAUAUACAUUUCUAUACACAGAGAAUGAUGGCACAAAGAAUAAUAUCAAGAAAACAUAAGGAGAAUAUAUGAAAAAUAAAUAAGUCCUCUAGCCUAAAAAAUAUAAAAAUAAAAAUAUAGAGCUGUGAAAGUAUAACAGUAUAAAAGAAAACAGAAUACCUAAAAUACCUAUUUCAAAAAAUGACACAUUUCGAAGUCUGCAUUUAAUCCAUUGGGGAUCAAAGAGUCUAGUUUGAAAAUCCACUCCAUUUCACAUUUGCUCAUUUUUACAUCAAAAUUGCCUCCUCUCCAAUCUUUUUCCACUUUUUUGAUCCCUAAAAAGGUGGUAUCUUUGGUUUCACAGUUAUGGUAGUUUUUAUAAUGUAAAGAUACGCUAUGUUUUUCAAAACCCUUUGUAAUAUUUCGUCCAUGCUCUUCUAUUCUCGUGUGAAGUUGUCUUGUGGUUUUCCCUAUAUACUUUAGGCCACAAGGGCAUAUAAUUAAAUAAAUAAGAUUCUUUGAAUAGCACGUAAUGAAAUCUUUAAUUUGAUAUUCUAUUCCCUCUUUGUUUGUAUAUGUAGUUAUAUGUCUUUUUUUAUUGGUAGUUCUCCUACAUGCCAAACAUUGGCCACAGCCAUAAAAACCUUUCUCUUAAAUGGGUUGACGUUUUUCUUUUCUUUAAUAUAACUAGACGUAAGAGCAGUACGGAGGUUGCUCACCCCCCUAUGUACAAAAUGGGGUUUCUCUGGAAGGAAAGUUCUCACUACUGGAUCCUGAAGAAGAAUAGGCCAAAAUUUUCAAACUAUUUUCCUCACCUUAUGAUUUUCAGUGCUAAAAUUACAUAUAAAAGGGACUUCUUUAAAACCUUUCUCUUUCUUUUCUUUAUAUUUUAAAAGACUGUUUCUUUCUAUUUCUUUAACUUCUUUUCUAGCUUUUUCUAGUUCAUAUUUAUCAUAUCCUUUCUCUAUAAAAUCUUGUUUAAUUCUAUCUGAUUGCGUAUCGAACAUCUCAAGAUCGGUACAGUUACGGUGUAUUCUGAGGAAUUGCCCUCUAGGGGCAUUCUCCAACCAAGGAGAGAAGUGGCAACUUUCUCUUUCAAUAUAGCUGUUAGCCUCAACAGGUUUAAAAUAAUUUUUCGUUUUAAUCCUAUUUUCCUCUAUAUAUAUUAGUAGGUCUAAAAAAACUUCUUCCACUUUACUCCAAUUACUAGUAAGUUUAAUCCCCCAUGUGUUGGUGUUAAGGUGAUUUAGGAAUAGAAUAAGAUCUUCCUCCUCUCCCUCCCAAAUGAAGAAAAUAUCGUCGAUGUAGCGGCCAUAGGUAACCAAGUUCCUCCCCCAGCUAUGUGGGCCAUAGAUAUAUGUGUCUUCCCAAUAGGCCAUAAAUAAGUUGGCGUAGCUGGGGGCAAACUUGGUCCCCAUGGCCGUCCCAUUAAUUUGGAGGUAGAACUCUUCAUUAUACCAGAAAUAAUUGUUCCUAAGAAUUAAUUCUAUAGCUUCUAAGAGGUACUCAACCUUCAUACAAGGCAAUUUAGAAAAAUUAUUUAAAAAGAAUUUGGCUGCAUUGCAUCCAUAAUCAUGAGGAAUAUUACUAUAUAGGGCUGACACAUCGCUAGUGACUAAAAAACAAUAUGGGUUCCAAGUGCAGUUUUUUAAAAGAUUUAAAACCAUGAUUGUAUCUUUAAUAUAAGAAAUAGUAUUUUUAACUAAAGGUUGAAGGUGAAUGUCUACGUAGUGGGAUAGUUUGCUUGUUAUGGAGUCUAUUCCCGCUACUAUAGGUCUACCUGGGGCAUUUUUUGUGUCUUUAUGGACUUUCGGAAGGAAAUAGAAUACAGGGGUUUUCGGAUAUUUUAUAUUUAAGAAAUUAAAUUAUUUUUCGUUAAGUAUUUUUAAAUUUAAACCUUUAUUUAGAAAAUUAGAGAACACUUGAUUCAUAAUCGUUCCAGGGUUAUAGUUGAGCUUUUUGUAAGUCUGUUCAUCCAUUAGGAUUUUCUCAGCCUCUUUACAAUAAAAUUCUUUUGACAUUAAAACAAUCCCCCCCCCCUUAUCCACUGGUUUUAUGACUAUGCUAGUGUCUGUUUUUAGAUCUCUAAGUGCUUUCUUUUCUUGUAUGGAGAGAUUAUAAUUAAAAUUUUCCUUCUUAUCUAAUUUUUUAAUUUCCGUCAUUACCAUGGUCUCGAACGUAACCAUUUUUUCAGAGAUCAUUUGUUUCGGAUAAAACUGAGAUCUUUCUUUUAAUUGCGUGUAUUUACUUUCUUCUUCUUGGUUGGUUUGAAGUUCUAUAGGAUUUUUUGCAAAGUAUUUUUUUUAAACAGAUAUUUCUUUUAAAUUUAUUGAGAUCUAUAUAAAAAUCAAAUUGGUUUAGGGGUUUACUAGAGGCGAAUUUUAGGCCUUUCCUUAAUACUUUUUUAUGAUAUUCCGUUAGACUUUUUUGACUUAAAUUAUAAAUUCCUUUCAUCGAUGUUAUACUCUCUGUGUCCUCUCUCGUCUUUCUUUUUUUGCCAUGUUUUCCUCCUCUUGUACCUCUAUACUGGAAUUUCUUUGUCUUUUGUAAGGAGUCAUGGUGUCUCGAAUUUCUUCCCUUUUGUGUCUCUCCUUUCCUUUGCUCCUCCAAAAAUCCUGAUCUUCAAAUCGAUCUAGUACUUGGAACCUGUUCCUCCUUUCUAAUGGUUCAUCUUUUUUAUAAUAUGUGGAUCUCUGUGGUGUAGGUCUAUCUUUCAUAUCAGUUCUAUAGUUAUUUCUUUCUAAUCUCUCCUCUUUUUUAUGGUAGAUAGGUUUAUGUGCGGUGUUAGCUUUUCUAUAGUCUGUUCUUUCUUUAGAUCUAUCCUUUACAUACAUCGGUCUCCUUUCAUAUCUUUCCCUCUCCCAGUUGUUCCUAGAUCUCUCCCUAUUUUGUGGGAAUGUUACUCUAGAUUUAAAGUUAUCCCAAUUUCUUUGGGGACGUUGUUCGUAAUUAUUUCUAUACCUGUAAUUGUAAGGUUUAUGGUUAUUAUGUCUUGAAUGUAUGUUUUCUCUCGAAUUGUCUCUCUUUUUAUAUGGGGAUUUUCUCAAAUUUAAACUUUCUUUUGGAUACUCUCUAUUUUCCAGAUCGUUUUCUUGAUAUUUAUAUCUUGAAAAUGUUCUGACCUGUUUGUUUUUGUAAUCCUUAAUAUCUCUUAAGUAUUUACUUUUCUUUACCUCUAUCACCUCUUUUUCCAAUUUAUCUAGAUUUUCAUUUAUCUCUUGGGUGGUAUAGUCAAAUUCUUCUUGAUUUAAUGUAUUCAAAAUUUCAUUUUGACUUUUAUUUAUCUCUAGAUCUAAUACUUUUAGGUUCUCUUUCCUUCUUUUUAUUAUGAGGUUUAUGGUUGUUAUGGAGAAAUUUUCCAACAUGGAAUUCCACUCUUCCAUAAAAACCACAGCCUCUUUAUCAAACGUUGGUGUUUUGAAAUAUCAUAAACCUCUUGGGGUUAUUCCUUCUUUCAGAUAUUUUUCUAAUGUGGCUAUCUCCCAUUUUAUUUUGAGUUCUUUUUGAAGCAGUUUCUCCAAUUUUUCCCCUCCACUAUUCUGUCCUAUUCUUUUUUUAUUAUUGGAUUGUAAAUCUGUCCAAUUUGCUAUUUCUGUCUCCAUAUUGGUGAAAGAGCUGCUUCUUUUAUCGAAUAAUGACAUAUUAUUACCUUUUAGCUGCUGAGUACAAAUAGUAUAAAGAUAAGACAAAUACUAAAAAAUAGAAUCUAGAAAAUCUACUAAUAUAUAUAGAGGAAAAUAGGAUUAAAAUGAAAAAUUAUUUUAAACCUGUUGAGGCUAACAGCUAUAUUGAAAGAGAAAGUUGCCACUUCUCUCCUUGGUUGGAGAAUGCCCCUAGAGGGCAAUUCCUCAGAAUACACCGUAACUGUACCGAUCUUGAGAUGUUCGAUACGCAAUCAGAUAGAAUUAAACAAGAUUUUAUAGAGAAAGGAUAUGAUAAAUAUGAACUAGAAAAAGCUAGAAAAGAAGUUAAAGAAAUAGAAAGAAACAGUCUUUUAAAAUAUAAAGAAAAGAAAGAGAAAGGUUUUAAAGAAGUCCCUUUUAUAUGUAAUUUUAGCACUGAAAAUCAUAAGGUGAGGAAAAUAGUUUGAAAAUUUUGGCCUAUUCUUCUUCAGGAUCCAGUAGUGAGAACUUUCCUUCCAGAGAAACCCCAUUUUGUACAUAGGGGGGUGAGCAACCUCCGUACUGCUCUUACGUCUAGUUAUAUUAAAGAAAAGAAAAACGUCAACCCAUUUAAGAGAAAGGUUUUUAUGGCUGUGGCCAAUGUUUGGCAUGUAGGAGAACUACCAAUAAAAAAAGACAUAUAACUACAUAUACAAACAAAGAGGGAAUAGAAUAUCAAAUUAAAGAUUUCAUUACGUGCUAUUCAAAGAAUCUUAUUUAUUUAAUUAUAUGCCCUUGUGGCCUAAAGUAUAUAGGGAAAACCACAAGACAACUUCACACGAGAAUAGAAGAGCAUGGACGAAAUAUUACAAAGGGUUUUGAAAAACAUAGCGUAUCUUUACAUUAUAAAAACUACCAUAACUGUGAAACCAAAGAUACCACCUUUUUAGGGAUCAAAAAAGUGGAAAAAGAUUGGAGAGGAGGCAAUUUUGAUGUAAAAAUGAGCAAAUGUGAAAUGGAGUGGAUUUUCAAACUAGACUCUUUGAUCCCCAAUGGAUUAAAUGCAGACUUCGAAAUGUGUCAUUUUUUGAAAUAGGUAUUUUAGGUAUUCUGUUUUCUUUUAUACUGUUAUACUUUCACAGCUCUAUAUUUUUAUUUUUAUAUUUUUUAGGCUAGAGGACUUAUUUAUUUUUCAUAUAUUCUCCUUACGUUUUCUUGAUAUUAUUCUUUGUGCCAUCAUUCUCUGUGUAUAGAAAUGUAUAUGGUAUGGUUUGAUCUAUUUUUAGGAGUGUUUUGUUCCAUUUAGUGUUUAUAUUGAAAGGAAACACUAUAUAUUGUAUUUUUAUUAUAUUUGUAUAUUUUUAUAGUUUUAUAUGUAUUUUAUAGUAUUCUGGUUUUACUUUUUACCUAUAUAGGGUCACUAAUGUAAUAUUGUCUUUAUAGAAAAGAGCUUAUUAGGUUAUACAUGUGAGUUAAAAGAAUGAUAUGUAUAUAUACACGUUCUUUUUAUUGAAACUAUACACAGAUGAAAAGAGAACCAAAAGAGCUUUGGUAAAGAUUUAUAAUAUUUAAUAAAUAUAAACAAAAUAUUUUGUUCUCCCUCUUCCCUCUGCCUGUGAUGAUGCCGGCACAAUAUGAUAUAGAAAAGCUGAACCGCAAGCCGGAACACAUUUGGAACGCAAGCUGGAACGCACGGAUAUGACGCGACGGCUUGCGAUCGAAAAAACCGGAAGUGACGUAUCGAUAGUGCUACCCGGAAAUGAAGAGAGAAAGAGGCUUGAUACGCUGGGCGUCACCAUUCCCAUGAUGAUAGCCCGCGAAAAUUCAAGCCGAAAAACAAGCAUCUUCACCCCAGGAGGGGUACAUAUAGCAGGAGCCAGUGCAAGAAGGUAACAGACUUUUUUUCACAUCCAGCUGAGGAAGCCUUCACGGCGAAACGCGUCCUGGGAACAUUGUGAGCCUAAAGACUUUAUAAUUACUGGACAUUUUACGCCAUUAUAGUGUUUUUUGUAUACAAAUAUAUUUCCUAUAUUUUUAUUAUACUGUACAUAUAGUUAAUAAAGUUUAUAUUUUUGAGAGACACUAUUGGCAUUUUCCUGCUAUUCUAAAAGAAGGAGUGUGGUCCUUAAUCCACACAAGCUAUUGGAUCAGAGCCGAUGUGGAUGGCUCUGGGUUUGUAAGUACUCUAUUUCCCUUACUAUUUAAUAUAUACCUAGCCUACGUUAUUGCACCAGAGGUAUUUUCCUUUAUACAUUUCAGAAUACAAGAAAGGAAGAGUUAAAAGAAGGGAUAAGGGUCGCCUUUACGGACUCUGAAAGUGCUUCAAUUGAGCUAUACCCCUUUAGCUCCUAAAAGUGUGAGUGGGACCUUUGUACAUUUCUACCACACCUUUAAACAUUACAGAUUUGCACUAUGUUUGGAUCUUUCUGUUUAUGUUUUAGGAAAUUCCUAUAAAGGAUUAUUGUGAAUUAUAUAUAAAAAAGAAGGUAUACUUUUAGUAUUUUGGUGUUUAUCACUUGGUAUUACCUCUCCACUUUGGCCAUCUAUUUGCAUAUAGCGCUUCACCCAUACACCGGUUUGCACUACAUCUUUGAAAGAUAAGUUUGGGGUGUUAUAGCAGCUGGAAAUUAGUAGUAUUCCUGAUAUAAUUGUAUCACAUUGUAUUGAAAUAUCAGCGCUGGUACAUUUACCUGUUUUUUCUAGCUCAACACGUUUGUGACUGAGGCCAUUUUGAUACAUUUACCAUGCAUUCUUUCUACCACAAUUUUACCCUUUCUAUUUAAAAGUUAAAAUGCGAAAAAGUACACAGCUUAGUUAAUCAGACCCACUGGUGAAAGCUAAAUUUAUUAGAAGAGCAUGUCAAAAUACAGACAUUCCUGGACCCCUGUCCGUUUAUCAAUGUAACAGUGCCCUAGGUAAAAGGUUUUUUGUUUUUUUUCUGCUACAUUUAGUGGGCACACUCCUACAUAUUUCCAUUUCUGUUUAAAAGUGUUAUAUAUAUAUAUAUAUAUAUGUCUCACUUUUGGAGAAAUACGGCUUUCUUGAUACCCUACCUGUAUACAUAACCAAACAUUAAGUAUGAAUAAAAUAUUUAAGAAUGAAGAAACAAAAUCAUAGUUUUUGCAUUUAGAAUUUCUACACAAGUGCAACUAAAUCAGAAUAGAUUAAUUCAGCAGUCCUGGUUGUUAAAAUGCUCAAUGUGUGCAGGGUUGUAAUUCAUUUGCAGAAGUUAUAAAACAAAUAUAUUGCAAGGGGUGAAUAAAAAUUUUUCAAAGACCUUGCAAAAUUUGGCAUGCUGAGAUUAGGACUUUAAUAGUCACAGAACCCAAAACUGCUACACAAAAGUAAAUACUACCAGAAAGUAUAGCCCUCAGGCAUUUUGACACGUUUAAUUAAUUUAACCAUUUUAUCACCAAACUUGGUCAUGCCUGCUGGUUAUGUUUACCAUUUUGUGUGGGGGGGUUCACAAGUUCAUGAGGAAUUUCACAGUCUAUGUGUGUCCGGGUACUGUAUAGACCCCCUUAUUUGUAUUUUGCUGGUGUUCUCAAAUACAAUAAUAUCCCACAUCUGUACUUUUGCCAGAGGUUUGAAGGACUGUAGGGUGAAAUAACAGACAUGCCCUUACUGAACAUGCCUCUUGGCUGAUUUACUGGGGACAUGAUUUGGUAAAGAGACAUUAUUAUGCAUGUCUCUGUACUGAGCAUCGUCAAACAUUGGUGCUAUUUCUAAACCUAAUCUUACCUCUAACACUAACCCUGUUGCAACCCUACCUCAGAGGGAUUCCCACUGCUGAUGUCAUCUCUAGUAUUAGCAGUGGAAAUUUCCAGUUUAUACAGUACAGAGUGCUCUGUACUGCAUUAUUGCUGCAUUUGCUCUAUUUUAUCCUGCAGCUCCUGCUUUCUGUCUUUGCCGAUCGCAUAAUGAUUGCUGGGCAGCAGACAAAGCCCAGCGUUGAUCAUUGUCAGCAGGGGGCAUGAAGGAAAACCUAACUGGGAUCUUUCCAUACUCCAGGGGCCUCACUCUGUCCUCUGAAAGCUUGUAAUCCUUCAAGAUUCCUGAGCUAAUCACGGCAGCUGGGCAUGAUUAUGAUGAUUUUAGAGAGAUUUAAAGAUCUGUGUGCCAUGCUCACAUAUACCAAAAUCACACUUUCACAACCACCCAUUAACUAGCAUGUGCUGACUUGGCCAGUUAGCCGCUCCAUCAUCUCUGACCUUACCCCUAGCAUACCGCCCUUAUGCCAACGCGAGGAGGAUGGGAGGAGUCUCGCUUGGCAGAGUCAUAGUUAAAGUGGGUGGUCUCUUGUGUAGAAUGUACAGGCUCCUCGUAAUACACAUAAAAAGGGACAGGGAGGGGGGUAAACUCUUAUAGAUAUCAGUAUUUGACAUCCAUGUUUAGCCCACUGUCCCAUGUUAUAUGAUGUGGUAGGUUAUUUAUAUUGUAGUAGUUGCAAACAAACUCCAAAAGGCAAUGACCAGUACCAUUAGAAGUUGGUAAUCACAUAGAAAAGAUUAUAUUAUUAUACAAUCACCAAUAUGUCUUAAGUCAAAUAUCAUACAUCAAAGAAAACAUAUCAUAGGUGGCACAAUACAUGAAUUUCAUACUGGUAAAUGUGGAUUAUCAAGCUUUAAACAUCUUGAGACCCAGAAAUGCUGCAACGUAAGACUAUGUGAUCUUAAAGGGACCCAGGCAUGGUAAUUAAAUGCGGCCAUCAGUGUAUUGCAUGUCCCUUUCAAAAUACAAAAUUACAUACUGUGGCGGAACCAACCACCUACUUGUAUUAUUUACCCUUCUUUUGGAUUGUAAUUGCGGUCCAUCGAACGGAUUAUAAUUGUGGUGUUCGUAUCCCAAACAGUUGGAAUUCGUGGAACUCUUUUGGGCAGGCACCUCGUGUGCGGUCGGUCUAAACUAUACCCUGGUGGCGUUUCGGCUUUCGGGAUAUGUUGGGCACUCAGAUCCAGGCUCUCUGGGGAUAUAUGACUCAGCGGGGCACCCAAUUGUAAAGUGUGUAUUUUGGGGUGUUUUUGUUAUGUAUGUCCUGGACCUGAGAGUUAAUAUAAUUAUGGGUGUAUUUUGUAACAGUCCUCUCUCAGGUCCAGUGGGGAAAUGUAUUAUGUUACAUGAGACCCCUUGCAUGGGGACAAACAUAAAAGGCCCUGUGUGGCUCCUAUUAAAGGAGUUGACUCCCAGUACUGUGUGUUGGCCCAACCUGAGUCAAAGUUUGCCACACAUCUUAUUUGUUUUGGAGGAUCUAGACUAUUCUUAUCCCCAAGAAAUGAGUCUCUUUCGCUGAGCAGUACUCUCUGAUAGGCUCUUUUUAGACACCUAUUGGGAUAACCCUUCUCUUUGAAUCUUUGUCUACGUUGGAUAGAUUUUUCCUUAAAUUCUUCAAUGGAAGAGCAAUUGCGUCUUAACCUUGGAUACUGACCAUCCGGAAUACUACUCUUCAAAGGUGUCGGAUGAUGGCUAUCCCAUCUAAGCAUUGUAUUUGUUGAAGUGGGUUUCCGAUAAAGGGUGGUACUGAUCUCAAAUGUAUCGGUUAUGGUCAGAGUGCAAUCCACAAAAUUAAGGGAGGGGGUCCCUAUUUCAAUAGUAAUUUUUAGAUUUAGAUUGUUUACAUUCAGAUACUCAAUGAUGUAAUUGAAGAGUUCCCUACUCACCGUCCAGUGAUGAGGACGUCAUCAAUAUAUCUCUUCCACAAAAACACAUUCCAAAUAUGGGUUAAAAGCCUCUGAAAAGACCAUGUGCCUUUACCACCCCACGUGCAGGUUGGCGUAAGACGGGGCACAAGAUGUCCCCAUCAUAGUUCCCUGCACCUGGUGAUAGAAUUAGUUGUGGAAGAGAAAGAAGUUGUGCGUUAAAAGCAAAUGGGGAAAAAAAAAACACACACAUAUAUAUAUAUAUAUAUAUAUAUAUAUAUAUAAUAUAUUAUAUUUAAAAAAAGAAAAACUACCACAACAAGAGGUCUUAAAUUAGAGAGGCAAAGGUUUAAAAAUAUCAGGAAGUAUUACUUUACUGAGAGGGUAGUGGAUGCAUCGAAUAGCCUCCCAGCUGAAGUGGUAGAGGUUAACACAGUAAAGGAGUUUAAGCAUGCGUGGGAUAGGCAUAAGGCUAUCCUAACUAUAAGAUAAGGCCAGAGACUAAUGAAAGUAUUUAGAAAAUUGGGCAGACUAUAUGGGCCGAAUGGUUCUGCCAUCACAUUCUAUGUUUGAUAAAUGCAGAAGGGCAUGGAAAAAAGACGUGUGGUUCUGGUAUUCAGAUCCCCUAGUCUCUAAAAAUAAUUUUGUGUUCUCAAUACCUAUUGAGUGUGAAAUUUAUGAAUAUUGGGCCUCCACGUCCAGACUGCAGAGGAUAUAAUUCUGGGGUACGUUAAGUUCUGACAAGCAUUAAUAAGUGUCUCUUGUAUCUCUACAUGGUAAAUUCUCUACAAAGGUGCGUACAUACAGCCUCAAAUUGUUGGAACCUGAAACUAUAGGUCUUGCCGUGAGAUUGGCAUAUUGUUUGUGGACCUUCGGAAGGUAGUAGAAAGUGGACACAGUUGGCUUGUUUACGUAGAUAUAAUUAUACUCCUUUGUUGAUGACCUAGUCAUCAUAGGCUUUGUCAAAGAGAGGUUUAAAUUCUCUAAGGAACUUAACAAUAGGAUCCCCAGUAAGUAGACAUUAAGUUUGUCUAUCAUUUAGUAUUGUUUCUGCAAUCUAAACAUAGUGUUUCCUAUUCAGGUGAACUAUGUUGCCCCCCUCAUCAAUGGGUUUCAUGAUGAUGUCCUCAUUGUCGUGCAGGUCCUGCAGGCCCCUCCACUCACUUUUUGUGAGAUUACCAUGUGGUCUCAAGAGUAGUGAUUCUGUGGCCAUUUUUUGAAUAGUAUUACAGGUUGAUUCGACAAAUAGAUCAAUGUUCCUUAAAGUCCCGAAAAUUGGAGUAAAUGUACUCCUUGGUCGGAGAUCUGUGUGGAGUUUGAGUGAGACAUUAUCAUUACUCUCAAGUAGAGAUACCAGGUCCUGAAGGCAUUGGUAUUCCUUAAAAUUAAACCCCAGUUCCUUAGCCUUUUCUCAUCCUUAAUCAUGUGAAAUUUGUGAAGUGCCAAUUGUCUGCCGAACAGAUUUAUGUUCUUUAUCCAUUCAAAAUGAUUAAAUGGUGGAAUGGGGACAAACGAGAGGCCUUUCAUCAAAGACCUUAGUCUGUACUGUGGUUAGGGUAAUGUCUGAGAGAUUGAUGACAUUUCCCUCACCACCUAAUACUGUCUGCGAACUCUCCCUCUGUUGCGUGUCGAUCUGUAUUGUGGAUGAGGAUCCCCCUCUUGGGGGUCCUGCCCUAAAAAAGAAACUCCUUUCUUCAAAAUGCCUCCAGAGGCCUGAGCAUUACAGCUUCCCUGAGGUAUUUGGGGAUUCUCACCUUCUGUAUCAGAUGUUUCAUAGUCUGAAGUUGUACACAGGUCUGACUCUACUCUGGUAGAUUUUUUUUUUUUAAACGUCUAUAGACUUUCCUAGAUUUAUAAUCAUGAUUGAAUAUAGCAAAUAUCAGAAUACAAUCAAAAGUAGAAAACAUCACAAAUUCCUUAGAGACAAAAAUGAUUAUAAAUCUGGGAAAGUCUAUAGACGUUUCAAAAAACAUUUGAUGUGUAUUACGAGGAAUCUGUACAUUCUACACACGAGACUACCCACUUUAACUAUGACUCCGCCUAGCGAGACUCCUCCCAUCCUCCUCGCGUUGGCGAGCUGUGGAGGUGGGAGGGAGUCUCUACAUAAGGGCGGUAUGCUAGGGGUAAGGUCAGAGGUGAUGGAGCGGCUAACUGGCCAAGUAAGCACACGCUCCCUCAGAGCUGCCAUUGGCUGCGGUAUUUACGCGAUCAACUUUUUCGACCCGAUAUAAGGAGACCCAGGUGAGCGGCUAGUUUGAAUGCCCCAGAUAAAGGCGCUUUAGUAGCGCUGAAACGCGCUUUGAAUUACUGUUUUUUUUCCCAUUAUUUUUAAACACAGUUAUUUUUUGCACUUUGGUUAUGUAGUUAACAGUAUCUUAUGGGGGAUUAUUCAGCACUCUAUACAAUUAGAUGCGUAGAUGCUCUUGGAGGGAGUUUUGAGACUGGAUUGGGUGACCAAUUGGGAGAUGUUCUGGGAGUUUUUAAAUUACAGAAAGUUUGGCAGCAUGAAACCUUUUUACUUAUAUUUUUUUAGUUAGCGACCUUGAAGUUGAAUCUUACCAAGCUAGCUGCAUGAAGGCUGAUGCAUAUUUCCUUUUUUAGGUGCCACCAAUAGAUUAUACUAUAUAACUAUUAUUCUAUGCAACAGUCAUUUGUUGUUUGGAUAUACUGUUACAUAAGGUUACACUUUUCUCUUUCUGUAUACGAUGUUUCCAAUUUCUUCACAUCAAAACAGUUCACCAAUAUUAGUGGUGUAGUUCUACAGGGCUUUUCAUCCCCUACUACCACUAAUGGGUUUUUGCAACUGAUAUUAGGUUUUUCUCCUGGAAUUUUCCCCUACUCCCACUUUUAUGCCCCUCAGCCGACUCCAGUCCACUAUAGAUUCUCCCCUAUUUGGCACUAUGCAGAGCCUUUAAUGGGUUAAUGUUAAAAAUAAAUUGUCUCUAAGUAUUUUUUUUAAAAAAAUUGUAUAUUAAUUGUAUAUCCUUAGGGGAUCCUUUUGUGUUCACUGGACUUUAAACCCAUUGGACAUUUACAUAUUUUUCUUGUUUUUCAUAUAUAUUAUAUGCAGUAUGGUUAUGCAGAGUUAUUUCUGUUUUGAACUUUUUUCAAUGUGACUACUACAACAUGUGAUUACUUGACUGUUGUUUUUAGCUUAAUUCUGCUGUGAUGUUUUAUUGACUUGCCCAUGGAGCUUUUCUCAUGAAUGAGUUGAUUGCCUGUGAUAUUCCUCUAAAUAGAAACUAUAACUGCAUGGUUCUAGAUUCUCUCGGUAAAGUGUAAUUUAAUCUAUCUGGCAUAUGAAAGAAUUCUCAGGUUUCAGUUGCCUAACGGUUUCCCGAAAUGGUGAUAAAAUAAGACAUAACCACAAUGUGCUAGUUUGGAAAGGAGGGAAAGUGAAAAUCAAACAAAUGGUUUAAAUGGGAAGAGAUUCCACUAUAGGAAACAGACAUGAUGAAAUAGAAGAGUGAUUUAAAUGGAUAUCUGGUAAUGGGCUGCAUAGUUUGGACUUUCAAGGCCAUGCAUUAGGACUACUUUGCAACAUUUCAAAAUUUUUACUUUGUUUUUUUUAUUCAUUUCUAAUAGGUUAUUGGAGUGUUUGGUGAGCCCAUCAAGGGUUAUGGAGAGACCACAAGACGAGGAAGAAGACAACAUGUUAGGUACACCUUUAAAUAAUGUUAUGUGAAUACGUUUUUGUUAGGCUAUUUCUAAUAAUUUAUAAAGGCUAUUUUAUAGAUUUUCUCCAGAUAAAGAAAAUAAUUGGUAGAAUUAAGCACUGCACAGUUUCAGCCACAUGAAUCAAAUAAUGAAAAUACUGAAUAGUCAGUGUAGAUCCUUUACCUAUCUACCUGAUCCCUAUCCAAGAUGCCACAAAAAUGUCACCUCAGCGCCCCAGAAAAAGGCACACAAGACCAUAGAUAUAUAACCCAAUGGGAGGCAGGCCUGUCGCAAACACUGGAAGGGUUUUACUGGGUAGACAUUUGGGAAGCCUCUAGGAAAAGUUCAAUAUACGUCACGCUCCAGGAGCAAUCAUAUAAAAUGCUAAUGAGAUGGUACACCACACCAGAGAAAUUGUUUAGAAUUCGUAAAACUACCACGGAUGAAUGCUGAAGAGAACGCGAGAACAAAGAAACCUUCAUCCAUUUGUGAUGGAACUGUCCAACAAUAGCUAGAUUCUGGGUGCUAAUGAAAGAUCUUCUAAAGGAGAUGCUAAGAAGACAAAAAAGAGACAAACUGCUCUCCAGACCAGUGUUGGGCCUCACACCCAAAGAACAAAAGCUGUACAACAAUAUCACGUUAGCAGCAUGAUGGGCAAUAGCCCAAUCAUGGCUCAAAAACAUAAAACCGACUAUGAAUCAAGUUAUUCUUAAAAUAAAAGACAACUACCUAAUGGGAAAACUGACAGCACAGGUCCGAAACACAGAGUCAACUUUCACAAAGGUUUGGCUACUCUGGGAGGAAUACCUAGAAAACUAGAGGUUCAGGGGACACACGACAGACUGGGCCCGGAGCGGACAGCGGCCCCAUGCUUUCAUGUCGCUCCCUUCGAGUCCCCCUUUCCCAUUUUAGAUCUCCCCUCUCUCAUACUGUUCUUCUCCUCCUUAACUAUUCCUCCAUAUAUUCUAUCUCUUCCACCUUUGGAUAUUAAAACUAAAAACUAAGCCAGGAGAUUGUAUAUUGAGCAGACACACGUUGGCAAUGUGAGAAACAAUAACACGGGCCAAAGGGCUGACACACCAGUAACUCCAGCAGGUACUGACCACAAACUGCAAGCACAGAGGGCAAAGCAAUUGUAAACCUUCCCCACUCCGCCACAAUCCUUCACCUGACUAUCUCAAGUACAAUGUAACUAAUUUAUGUCUCAUGUACCAAAGUUUUAAUACACACAACAAUGUAAUCCAUGUCGAAUAUCAUGUAAAACCCUUCUAGAACGGUGUACUUCACCUUUAUUUUACUGAUACGUGAUGUCUGCACGUUACAUAUUUUAUCUCUACCUGUGCUCACAAAUAAAGUAUUUAAAAAAAAAAAGAAAAUCCAAGUUCACAUGUUCAUCUCUUCUUUCGACUAAUUAAAUAAUCUUUUAGUUGUUAUAUGUCUAAAUAUGCUGUCCAUUAUUAAUAGUGCAUCCUGUAUGAUGACAAAAAGAGAAUGGCCAAAGUAUUUCUUGCAAAUCAAUUUUCUUUUCCAUGAUAUUCUUCCUACAUUUAAGUAAUAAAGUACCCUCCUACCUUUGUGUGAUUGCCAACAUAGAGCCCUUAUUUAAAAAGACACUACAUGCACCAAAACAACUUCAUCUAAAUCAAGUUGUUAUGAUGCCAGGAAGCCCCUGGAGGCACUCUUACCUCAAGGAAUUAAACCAUUCUCGAACGGUAUAACCCUAAAAUCGCCUCCAGCGGCCAUGCCACUCACGCCCUCGGUGGCAUCUGGCUUUUGAAUAUUCAGAUUCAAAAAGUGCAGAGUGCCGUCUGGCAGGUGCGCUGCUGAGAGCUGUAAACUGAUGCUCUCAGGCAAUCAGUAACUCCCCAUUCACUAAACACUCUCAGCCAAUCAGUGAAACCCCAUUCACGGCUUGGAAAAGGUAUGAUUCUUUCCAAGUCAAUUUUGUCAAAGCCACUGAUUGGCUGAGAGUGUCAGUUGACUGAUCUCAACCAAUCAGCGGCACCCCGCCUGGCGGCUCUCAGUACUCUUGAAUCAGAAAAUUCAGAAGCCAGAUACUGCUUGAGGGGAUUGGACAUUACUGCUGGAGGUUACUUUGGGAUCAAACUGUUCGAGAACGAUUUAACCCAGUGAGGGGCUGCCUGGCACCAUAGUAACUUAAUUUAGAUUAAGUUGUUUUGCUGCCUGCGGCGUCCUUUUAAGUAAAAAAAAAAUAUUCAAUAAUAUAUUGCACUUUGCUACCAUUUGAAAAAAUUAUUUAGGAAAUUACACCCUGUUCCAAAUUAUUAUGCAAAUGAUAUGUCAGAAUAGCCUCCCAGAGCUGCUGUCUGGAUGUAAACUGCCUCCAACACUCAUAGAUAUUUUGCUUGAGGAUGCUCCAAAGGUUCUCAAUAGGAUUGAGGUCAGGGGAGGAUGGAGGCCACACCAUGACUUUCUCUCAUUUUUUCCCCAUAGCAGCCAUUGAUGCAGAGGUAUUCUUUGCAGCAUGAGAUGGUGCAUUGUCAUGCAUGAAGAUGAUUUUAUUACGGCAAGCAUAGUUCUUCCUUCUGUACCAGGGAAGAAAGUGGUCAGUCAGAAACUCCACAUACUUUGCAGAGGUUAUCUUUUCCCCCCUCGGGGACCAUAAAGGGUCCGGCCAGCUCUCUUCCCAUGAUUCUGGCCCAAAACAUGACUCCACCACCGCCUUGCUGACGUCGCAGCCUUGUUGGAACAGGGUGGCCAUCCACCAACCAUCCACUACUUCAUCCAUCUGGACCAUCCAGGGUUGCACGGCACUCAUCAGUGAACAGGACUGUUUGAAAAUGAGUCUUCAUGUUUUUUCCUGCCCAAUGCAGCAGUUUCUGCUUGUGAGCAUUGGUUAGUGGUGGCCGAAUAGAAGGUUUAUGCACAGUUGCAAGACUCUGGAGGACUCUACACCUUGAUGUCCGUGGGACUCCAGAGGCACCAGCAGCUUCAAAUAUCUGUUUGCUGCUAUGUAAUGGUAUUUUAGCAACUGCUCUCUUGAUCUGAUGCAUGGAUCUGGCAGAAAUCUUCCUCAAUGUGCCUUUAUCUGUACACACCGUCUGUGCUCUGAAUCAGCCACAAAUCUCUUAAUAGUGCGAUGAUCACGCUUAAGUUUUCAUGAAAUAUCUAAUGUUUUCAUACCUCGUCCAAGGCAUUGAACUAUUUCACUCUUUUUGGCAGCAGAGAGAUCCUUUUUCUUCCCCAUAUUGCAUGAAAAUGAUGCUCUGCUUAAUAAUGUGGAACAUACUCCUUUAGUAGUUUUUCCUUAAAUUGGGCUCACCUGGCAAUCUAAUUAUCACAGGUGUCAGAGAUGGGUUUUCAAUGAUCAAAAGAGCCCUGAGACACAAUGUCAUCCAUGAGUUAAACUGAAAAACAAAAUAUUUAAUCUUUGUGACACUUAAAUAGAAUUUGCAUAAUAAUUUGGAACAGGGUGUAUAUACGGAAAGGUUGGUUUGCAUAAUGAAGGGAGUUUUACAAAUUGGCCAGGUCAGAUGCAUUUUGAUCCAUACAGUCAGGUCCAUAAAUAUUGGGACAUCGACACAAUUCUAAUGUUUUUGGCGCUAUACACCACCACAAUGGAUUUUAAAUGAAAUGAACAAGAUAUGCUUUAACUGCAGACUUUCAGCUUUAAUUUGUAGGGUAUUUACAUCCAAAUCAGGUGAACGGUGUAGGAAUUACAACAGUUUGUAUAUGUGCCUCCCACUUUUCAAGGGACCAAAAGUAAUGGGACAAUUGGCUGCUCAGCUGUUGGCCAGGUGUGUGUUAUUCCCUCAUAAUCCCAUUUACAAGGAGCAGAUAAAAGGUCCAGAGUUCAUUUUAAGUGUGCUAUUUGCAUUUGGAAUCUGUUGCUGUCAACUCUCAAUAUGAGAUCCAAAGAGCUGUCACGAUCAGUGAAGCAAGCCAUCAUUAGGCUGAAAAAACAAAACAAACUCAUCAGAGAGAUAGCAAAAACAUUAGGUGUGGCCAAAUCAACUGUUUGGAACAUCCUUAAAAAGAAAGAAUGCACCGGUGAGCUCAGCAACACCAAAAGACCCGGAAGUCCCCAGAAAACAACUGUGGUGGAUGACCGAAGAAUUCUUUCCCUGGUGAAGAAAACAUCCUUCACAACAGUUGGCCAGAUCAAGAACACUCUCCAGGAGGUAGGUGUAUAUGUGUCAAAGUCAACAAUCAAGAGAAGAUUUCACCAUAGUGAAUACAGAGGGUUAACCACAAGAUGUAGACCAUUGGUGAGCCUCAAAAACAGGAAGGCCAGAUUAGAGUUUGCCAAACAACAUGUAAAAAAGCCUUCACAGUUCUUGAACAACAUCCUAUGGACAGAUGAGACCAAGAUCAACUUGUACCAGAGUGAUGGGAAGAGAAGAGUAUGGAGAAGGAAAGGUACUGCUCGUGAUCCAAAGCAUACCACCUCAUCAGUGAAGCAUGGUGGUGGUAGUGUCAUGGCGUGGGCAUGUAUGGCUGCCAAUGGAACUGGUUCUCUUGUAUUUAUUGAUGAUGUGAAGUGUUUCGGGCAAUAUUUUCUGCUCAUAUUCAGCCAAAUGCUUCAGAACUCAUUGGACGGCGCUUCACAGUGCAGAUGGACAAUGACCCGCAGCAUACUGCAAAAAUAACCAAAGAGAUUUUUUUUUAAGGGAAAGAAGUGGAAUGUUAUGCAAUGACCUGACCUGAAUCCGAUUGAGCAUGCAUUUCACUUGAUGAAGACAAAACUGAAGGGAAAAUGCCCCAAGAACAAGCAGGAACUGAAGACAGUUGCAGUAGAGGCCUGGCAGAGCAUCACCAGGGAUGAAACCCAGUGUCUGGUGAUGUCUAUGCGUUCCAGACUUCGGGCUCUAAUUUACUGCAAAGGAUUUGCAACCAUGUAUUAAUAAGUGAAAGUUUGAUUUAUGACUGUUAAUCUGUCCCAUUACUUUUGGUCCCUUAAAAAGUGGGAGGCACAUAUACAAACUGUUGUAAUUCCUACACCGUUCACCUAAUUUGGAUGUAAAUACCCUCAAAUUAAAGCUGAAAGUCUACAGUUAAAGCACAUCUUGUUUGUUUCAUUUCAAAUCCAUUGUGUUGGUGUAUAGAGCCAAAAAGAUUAGAAUUGUGUCGAUGUCCCAAUAUUUAUGGACCUGACUGUUUAUACUUGUACUCGCAAAAUCCAAUAAAGAGGGAGUUGAAUAAUCUGUAUAUUAAGUGAGUAAAGUGAAUACUCUUGAUAAUAUGGAUGUAAACGGCAACCGUUUCUUAAAUAAUUUAGCUAACCCAUUCACCAUUUGUUUUAGAUGGAACACUUGUAUGGGCCAAGCAUGACAUUUUAAAGUAUUUUUGAUGCAUUUAUAGCUGUCCAGACUUUCCACAAAAAAAAAAUUGUGUUUACUAACCUUGACAGUAUUGGAUGAAAUAUCACACAGUUGCAAAUAUCCACAGUCUUAGACAUAUGGCUGCAGGCAGUGGUGUAUUUUGGAUUUGUGCUGCCCUAGGCAUGACGGAAUUCGGGCACCCCCUAAUUUACAUUUGCCACACCUCUUCCUUUUAAAGGCUAGCACACACUUUGACUGACAGACACACGCUCUCUCAGAUAUACUGACCUAUACACACUCACUGAUUUGACACAAUCUGACACACACACAAUCAUUGACUCACUCACAGACACACAAUGAAAGACAUACACGCACAAUGAGAGAGAGGCACUGAUGCGCACACACACACUCACUGACUGACAGACACCCACAGACACACACACACUCUUACAGGCAUACCCAAUCACAGAGAAACACACAAUCACUGGCAGACACGUACAAUCACUUAGACACACAGGCUCCCUCACAGACACACACACAGUCUUUCAGACACAGGCUCCCUCACACUGACAGACAUAUACACACACACACAUAUAUUCCCCCUAACACUCACAGAUUAUUUUUUUACUUUAAGUGAAAUCCACCCAGCCUCCCUACCUUUGGGAUAGCUGGGUGGAUUUUUUUUUUUUUUACCUGGGGUCCAGUGGGGCUGCUGGCCGGGCUGUUUGCCCGCCUGCCUUCCUGUCCAAUCAGUUGAGGUCCAGGUGGCAGCGAGGGAGCGCUGAUUUAUAAGAUCUUACUGCUCUGCUUUCUCGCACGCGCAGAGUGAUGCCGGCUGCCGGAAUGUGACGUCAUAUUCCAGCUCCUGGCAUCACUCUGUGGUGCUGCUUGCCUGGACCUCAGCUAACCGCCUGCCUCGAGGCUAACUGGGCAUUUGGGGGCAGUGUUUUUUACCGCCCCCUGGAAUGUGCCACCCAUGGCAAAUGCCUUGUUUGCCUCAUGGCAAAUACAGCGCUGGCUGCAGAUAUGUUAUUUGGUCAGUUAAACUUUUACAGCAAUGUGAGGUAAAUUAAUGGGUUGAGGUGUAUUUUCUAUUAUUGUUUGAAAUAAAAUUCCAACUUCUUUUAGUUCUCAUUUCCAAUCUUUCUUUGAUGUUAACAGUUCCCAUUUUGUUUAGUCACAUAGAGUAUGUAAAAGAUGGACUAAAAUGUAUGCGGUUAAAGUUCUAUAUUCAAGGCUCGGAAGCAAGAAAGCAAGGAACAGUGCAUUUGGAGGUCAAAGAAGUAUGUAUUUUACAUAGGAUAUUACAUGUUAACGCUUAAGUCCUUUGGAAUUGCUAAUUGUGUAUUUUGUUGGUUUUUUUUCUGCAGAAUCCAGAAAAUGGAAAAUAUGAAUUUCAAUACAUUUUUGUUGAAAUUGAUACAUAUCCAAGAAGAACAAUUGUCAUAGAAGAUAACAGACACUUACCUUUAUAAGAAUGAUUUGAAACUUUGUCAAGAUUUUCUUUUUUAUAUUUGUAUCUGUAUUCAGAAAAGGAAAUUACUGCAAUCAUGUGCCAUAAUUGUAUUAUGUUUUACUGUGUAUAAUUUGUUGUGAUGUAGUGUUAUUUACUUACUACUUUUCAACAAGAGGAACUAAAAGUGAACUAUUAAAAUCCAUGCGCAUCAUAAUCAAAGUGCUUUAACUGUUUGAAUUUAUUUGGAUUAGAACACUAUGAAUCCUGAUCUGUGCCUUAAACUCCAUUUAUAAAUGUACAAAAAGAAAAUGUAAUUUCUAUUCUGUUUUUUGAAUUUCUGUAUUUUUUUUUCCAUGAGAUCAUGGCAUAUAAUAACUUUGGUUCUUUUUUCGUAAAUGUAUUGGCAGGGAUGUUUGAUCAAUUUGUAUGUCAGUCGGUUAAGUAUUUCUCUGCUAAUUAAACCGCAAAUUUCCUAUCGGGCAGGUAAUUAUUCCACAGUUACCAUAAAUAAAAAUAAUAGUGUACAAAAACCAUUGGACUUCAUUUAAAAAAAAAACUGGAAUUUCCCAAGAAAUUACAAAUUUUAGGUUAAAAUGUAAAAAUGUCUCAGUCUGGCUAUCUGUGCAUAAAAAAAUAUUUCCUUAUCAACUCUGCAGUUCCUAAUAUUGCACACACUUAAACAUUAUCUAAGUACCAUAAUUCUUUGUUGCGUGCUUGGGUUAUAGAGAGAAUAUGUCGACAAUCUUAUUGAUUCCAUCACGCCUAUAUCUGUUCCUUAUCAACUCUAUGGACCAUUAAUUUGUAGUUCAUGUCUCAUUACCAAAUUGCAGCUAUUUGACCCUCUUCCACACAAAGCAGAAAUAUCUAAUCUUGGGUAUCAGAAAGGUAAGCUCCCUUGAUUUGCAUCCCUUUUCGAAUUACAUAAUUGCAUAAUUCUGUCCUGUCUACUGCUUUGAACAUGGCUGUACCUGUGAAAGCCCACUGUAAGUGCCAGCUAUGUCUUCAACCCUUGCCUAUUUUCAACAAUAUUCCAGUUGUUGUGGCUCCCGACCCGCCACAUGGCGCAGCCGUACCCAACUAGCACGACCUUGCCGAUAUUGCGAGCUUACCUGCUUGCCGGGAACCGCUCCUCCGCGUCUUCUGGGCGUUGCGCCCAAAUCAAAGAUGGCGCACACCACAAGCUCCGCCCCUCAAAUUUAUACGGAUGUGCGCACGUCUGGUUCCCCUGACUUGGCUUGUUUCAACGGUAUCUGAGUAUUUCUGGCUUCCUUGACCUCGGCUUUCCAUUUGACCAUUCUUUAUCUCUAGCGUAUUAGUCCGGCCAUUCUAAGGUCCGGUUUACGCUCUGUCCUUUUAUUUCCUUUCCUUUUUUAUAUAUAUGUUUACAUAGUUUCUGUGUGUUGGACCACACUAGCAGCCAUGACACCAGUACUGCAGAAUAAUCUUGCAUCACACCCGACUUCCCACAUUGCAAAUUCAUGCUACACCCGUAUGCUUACACAGUCUACCUUAAUUAGCGUUAUUAUUUAACAUUCUCAUCAGCACCUGUUUUCUUGCCCCCAUAUGCCUUUUUCAUUUGUAUAACUUCCUUUUCUGGCCACUGCAAAACCACCAAAAUUUAUCUCACAGCUAGUGACUUUGCAUGUCAUGUAUCUGCCAAGAUAAUCAGAUUAGGAAUCUCUUAUCCCACUCUUCUUGAUCCCAUCCCCUCUUACGUUCCCAAAUCUCUCCCCUCUAGUCUUAUCCUAUCCUUAAAGUGACUCCUGACUCCUGGCCAAACAGUUUUCCUGGCCCUGAAUGUCCCCUCCCACCUCCCAUCCCAGGUUGCUGAGGGGGUUAAAACCCCUUCAGUGACUUACCUGUAUCCAGCGCCGAUGUCCCUCAGCGCUGGGUCAGGCUCUGCCAACUCUCCUUCCCCGCCGACGUCAGCUGGCAGGGGAGACAUAAUGCACAUUCGUGGGAAUUGCCGCACACGGCCGCACGCGCGCAUUACACCGCCCCAUAGGAAAGCAUUAUUCAAUGCUUUCCUAUGGGGAUUCCGGCGAUGCUAAAAGUGUCAUAGACAGUCACUAGAGGAGGACUUAACCCUGUUAGGCAAUUAGUGCAGUUUAUGGGAAAACUGCACUAAUUACACUUGCAGGGUUAAGGGUAGUACCUAGAGUGUCCCUUAACCACAUAUUUUCAAUGUUCCUCAAUCUACUGCCAUUUUCAUUUCUUCCCACAUUCCUUGAAUAGCUACUACUUGACCUUCUCCUUUUACUUACUGUCCCUUAUAACUGCUCCCUUGCAAUUCUAGCCUUCUUGAUCAGCUGUUUUCUUUAUCAGUCUAACUCACUUUUUGAAUACCAACUUCAUCCUUCACCCUCUUUAAUCUGGCUUCUGUUUCCCUCAUUUUAUUGACACUGCCUUUACCAAAGUGACCAAUAAACUUAUGCACAUACCCCUUUCAGUUGCAUUGAACAAACCAAAUGCCUGUUAAUUGAUGGAUGAACAAAUAGAUUAGUUUGUCCAUUGAUUUAGCAAGGUUUUGAAUUGUUCAACGCAGCUGAAAGGGAUUUGUGUACAAGUCUAGUGAUUAAAAACAUAAUCACAUACUAAAUGAUUAGCCAUUGGACAUAGUAUUUGAUUCUAGCUCUGGCACUCUGUAGCAACAGGACCUCAAAUUUUACUUCUAAUUGUCAAAUCCAAUAUAGGAAUGGUCAUCCACAGAAGGUAAAAGCACAGUAAUCUGUAAGCAUAUUUUUCAUUAAAAAAACUUGUUCAGUCUGGUCUGGCGCCGGACCCAGGUAAGUGACUGAAGGGGUUAUUAACCCCUGCAGCGCUGCCGGAGGGGGCCUUGACAGAAGUGGAAGCUACAGUCAAAGGCUCAUAUUCCUUCUUUAGUGUUGUUUUGAGGAUGUACUGUCUGUUAAGUGAGGAAAUGCACAACUCUUUUCUCUUUCUGAAAGUUUGUUAGGAAACCCUAUAUUGAUAAUCUUGGCAAUCAAGCCUGUCUUCCAAUACUGAAACCUCAGAUACAUUUCUGACCACCCUAGUAAUGCGGCCUACAUUUUUUAAUUUAAUAAUAAAGAUAGUAACACAAGAAAAUAGGUGAACAUAUGAGUUUUAUUUUGGUGGGAUUACAUUAUUGU